AUGGGCCCCGGAGUCCUUUUCCCACAGCCCCCGUCGCGGGAUCGACCGUCGUUUCCGAUCGCAUUCGGUGCAAAGACCGCCGCAGAUCUCGCAAGCAAGCCGCGGCCUCAACAUCCCUCGCCAAUCCGCGGUUGCGACACGGGCCAGCGCGAUCCGCUACCACCACAGCAGCAGCAGUGUACCAUUCGCGCCCUGGACGCAAGGAAGCCGUUCAACGCGCCGCCGCUGAGCAUUCCAUCUGACGUGUCCAGCAAUCCAGGCGACGACGCGUCGUCCUGCUCCUCACCCGCGUCGUUCCCCGUCCUCCCACUCUUCUCCCAUCACUCCACCGCUAAGCCUCCAUCCGCCCCCCGCCCCCCCGCGAGAUCCCCGCGACCGUCGCUACCCCGCCCGCGCUCCCCAUGCCCCAUCGACUUCUCCUCGCUCUCCAACAGCCCGCGCCACUCGCCGGGGACUACCUUCGGCAGGCCCGCGCGCCCUGCGACGCCUCCUGAGGGGUCGGCGCCGCGUACUGCGGCAUACCCGUGCGACGAGGAGAGCACGCGAUUGACGGACAAUGCAGCGGCUCCGGCGCCGGUAAAGGCGGCGCAGCAAGCGCAGUGGUUCAUCCUCCCCGUUCAGCGCCCAGAGGUUGUUCGAGCCGCGUCGCAGACCUCCCGAUGCGCGUCGCCCGACACGCCCUUGGGGUUCGUCACCUCUCCCAACGCGGCCUCGUCCCCCUCCAGCCAACCCUCCCGCGGCGCUAAGCCGCGCUCCUCCCUCUCCUCGCUCCCGCCCUCGUCCCCGCCCGCGUCCAUCGCCGCUGAUUCCGCCGCUGGGGGAUUCGCAGCUGAAAACUGUGAUUUCGGGGGAGACUGUAAUGUGGAGUCGAACCGCCUUGUGAUCACGGGUAACAGCAGCCGCAGCGUGUCGAGCGCAGGCAGCGUGGAAUGCGGCGAGCCGUACGUCUCCACCCUCGCCGACACUGCCGCCAUGAUCGGCGCGAAACCCGCGACCGAAUCCGCUCGGAGGAGCUCCGAGUCGGACUUUGCCGCGAAGCGCGCCGCCGCAGACGCCGCGCGGCCCGCGGCGAUGGGGUUCCGCAGCGUGAGCUUAAACGGACGGGCGGAGGGGCGAACAGUCAUGGGGGCGGCGGCGCAGGCGGAAAGGGAGUUGUCGAGGCACCGGUGCGCCACGGUGCCGAGUAGAAACAUGCCACAUGGCGCCGGCUUGGUGGCUGCUUGGGGUGGCAUCGCGAGCCGCGCUCCUCCCUUGGCGGCUUCGCGUCAGGAGGAGGCGGAGGAGAACGCAGCGGAGAAGGCGGAGGAGGUGGAGAGAGAAGGGGACCGACUAGUGGUCCUGGAUGACGUCAGCGACGCUGUGAGCUGCGGGGUCAGCAGUGUGAGCGACGAGUGGGGCGGCAGCCAUGGGGGAGAGACGGGUCUGGACGACAGGGGAGGGGACGCAGGGGAGGAGGAGGGCGGAUCGGAAUCGGAUUGGGCCAGCGAGUCAACCAUGUGCCUCAACCUUGAGAGUGUGGAGCAGCUGUGUGCGCAGAUGGAGUUUCAGAAGAAAACAAUCGAGGCCAUCCAGAUCGUGGCGGAUGGGAGCAGAGCCAGUGGUGAUGGGAGCAGAGCCAGUGGUGAUGGGGGCAGAGCCAGUGGUGAUGGGGGCAGAGCCAGUGGUGAUGGGGGCAGAGCCAGUGGUGAUGGGGGCAGAGCCAGUGGUGAUGGGAGCAGAGCCAGUGGUGAUGGGGGCAGAGCCAGUGGUGAUGGGGGCAGAGCCAGUGGUGAUGGGGGCAGAGCCAGUGGUGAUGGGAGCAGAGCCAGUGGUGAUGGGAGCAGAGCCAGUGGUGAUGGGAGCAGAGCCAGUGGUGAUGGGGGCAGAGCCAGUGGUGAUGGGAGCAGAGCCAGUGGUGAUGGGAGCAGAGCCAGUGGUGAUGGGAGCAGAGCCAGUGGUGAUGGGAGCAGAGCCAGUGGUGAUGGGGGCAGAGCCAGUGGUGAUGGGGGCAGAGCCAGUGGUGAUGGGGGCAGAGCCAGUGGUGAUGGGGGCAGAGCCAGUGGUGAUGGGGGCAGAGCCAGUGGUGAUGGGGGCAGAGCCAGUGGUGAUGGGGGCAGAGCCAGUGGUGAUGGGGGCAGAGCCAGUGGUGAUGGGGGCAGAGCCAGUGGUGAUGGGGGCAGAGCCAGUGGUGAUGGGGGCAGAGCCAGUGGUGAUGGGGGCAGAGCCAGUGGUGAUGGGGGCAGAGCCAGUGGUGAUGGGAGCAGAGCCAGUGGUGAUGGGGGCAGAGCCAGUGGUGAUGGGGGCAGAGCCAGUGUGUUCACCUCCCCGCCUGCAUCUUGCAGCAGUCGAGGAGAUUAUUAG